GCUUGGCAGAUAGCUAUAACAAGACCUUGCUGUAAAUAUGAAAUCACGACGCUGCUCUGUCGAAAAACAUAUAAAUUCAACGCGCACUGGAAGAAACAAAGCGUAGUUUCAGUAACCUGCAGUCCGACGGUCUGGCUGAAGAACUACCGGUGAUCUCCCUGACAGCGCGAGCUCUAUCUUGACAGCGGAUGUAGUGAUGUAGCUCACGUUCAGCGAGGGAAGAUGUGACAAUCCAAGGACUAUGUCAAAGAAUCUUAAGAAUGCCUCCGAUGGACUCAAGGAAUACAACGUCAUGAACGUUAUCCAUUUUCCUAAAGACUGCGCCAGAAUUUCCAUCGGGAUUAACUGAAGAACAGGACAUGCUCUGCUUUUUGGGGUACAAAGGAACCCAGAAAUAUCGCUGCUUUUUUACGUAGACGCUCAUUCAUCCGGCGGACGCUGUAGCGUCGCUUGCUCUCGCAUGUCGCACGCGCAAGUUUGUCAUCGCUCGGCAUUUCUUAUUAAAGAUGGGCUGUCUAAAAACGCCCCCCACUAUUCUGCUGCUGUAACCUAUUCUGCCUCUGCUUAAACAUGCAAGAUGCCAAAUAUUUACAUUAAUAGUCAUAGUUUAUAUUUUCAUGAUUUAUUUAGCCUAUUCAAAUGUAUUUUUUGUAUUUAAAUGUCCAUGAAGCAAGAAAAUUAUUUUUGGACUGACUUGAAAUUGUAUAGUUUUUUUAACAAAGCUGUGAAGCUGUGAUUUUUUUGUCUCAUCAUCCAAAUGGUGCAUUCAGUUUAAAAUCACUGGUGCCCGACAGUGCUUGCAUUGAGGGAGCACUGAACAGAGACCUCCAUUCAUUCCUGCUGUUUGGUCUGUGCUGCGGCUGCCCCAUGCUGGAUACCAAGAUGAAGGAGGUGUGUCGCAUCUGCGCCCGCGAGCUGUGCGGCAACCAGCGGCGCUGGAUCUUCCACCCGGCCGCCAAGCUCAACCUGCAGGUGCUGCUGUCGCACGCGCUGGGCCGCGAGGUGACGCGCGACGGCAGCGGCGAGUUCGCCUGCAGCAAGUGCGCCUUCAUGCUGGACCGCAUGUACCGCUUCGACACGGUGAUCGCCCGCGUGGAGGCGCUGUCCAUCGAGCGGCUCCAGCGGCUCAUGCAGGAGAAGGACCGCCUGCGGCAGUUAAUCGGCGGCCUGUACCGCAAGCACAACGGCGCCGACGCGCUGACCGCCGGGGCCGGCCCCUCGUGCCCGGCCAAGGAGUGCACGGUGGACAUGACGGGCCUGUACCACGCCAAGUACUGCGCGCUGCUGCAGGAGGACCUGGUGUACUCGCUCUACGAGUCCUGGGCGGAGGAGGAGGGCCAGACGCUGGCCGAGUGCGCGCACCACCACUGCCACAACGCCACCGCCGCCGCCUCCGAGCUCUCGUCGCCCCAGCGGCCCCACCGGCACCGUUGCCGCGGCUGCAGCGCCCUGCGCGUGGCCGACUCGGACUACGAGGCCGUGUGCCGGGUGCCGCGCAAGGUGGCGCGCAGCAUCUCCUGCGGCCCGUCCACCCGCUACUCGGCCAGCGCCGCCGGCAGCGCCAGCGGGGAGGAGCGCGAGGACGAGCCCACGUCCUCCGCCACGCUGGUGCCCGACUCCCAGUCCCAGCCCACCAGCCACACCACCGCCUCCGACAGCGAGCGCACGCUGCUGGGCCACGCCAGCUCCAGCCCCUCGGUGGAGUCCCUGGACCUGGUGCCCGCCGCCGCCGCCGCCGCCUCCUCCCCCCGCAGGCCGCGCCACUCGCUGGACGAGGACCCCACGGAGGAGCAGAACUCGGACUGCCUGUCCGAAGAGCACGCGGCGCUUCCCCUGGGCCGAGUGGGGGGCGGCGCGGACAAGCUGGCCGUGGCGCUCUACCUGCUGCAGAACUGCUCCUACAGGCCCGUGCACAGCCCUCAGGGCAGCAAACUGCCCGUGCUGGUCAAACCGGGCCUCCGGCACGCAGGCGUCAAGAUGGGCAGCCCCGUGCGGGGCGUGAGGGGCCUGUAUGUGGGCGGAGGGGUGUGCGAGCUCACGGAGGUGGAGCUACCUCCGCCGCGCAUCCAGGUGGACCUGGGCCUGGAACUGGCCGAGCUGGAGGACAUGUGGCAGGAUGUGUAUGUGGAGUGCUUGCCUUUCCGCUUCCAGAAGAAGAGUCUGAUUGAGGAGCAGCAGACCCAGCUGAAUCAGUAUGAGUGUGCAGCAGGACAGUGUGUGAGUGAGCUGCAGAAGGCUCAGCUUCAUGUCCAGUCACUGCAGGCCAAGAUCCAUGAGAGUGAGGCCAACAACCAGAAGCUGCAGGAGAAGCUGAGUGAGAUGGAAUGUGAACUGCGCUCCAUCAGACAGGCAGCUCAGAGUCAGGAGCGCACAAUCCAAGGCCUUAAUGAGUCCAUCUCCACUAAAGAUAGUGAGGCCCAAGAUCUAUACCAGCUAAUCGAGGGCCAAAAUGCCACUCUUUGCAAGUUGAGAGAGAUGGCCCACCGUAAUCAGCUCCAACAAGCACAGGCUCCAGAGGAGGGCGUGGGGGGCGACGGCGUGGCCCAGCUGCAGGCUGAGCUGGUGAGGCUGCAGAGCUCCCUGUUCACCGUGCAGCUGGAGCUGGAGGCCAGCCAGCGGGCCCAGAGGCAGAGCCAGAGGCAGGCAGACGACCAGAGCCGCACCGUGCAGCGCCUGCACAACGACCUGCAGGAGGCGCUGCAGCACAGGGAGGCCACCGAGAAACACAACCAGGACCUGCGUGGGGCGCUGCAGCAGACGCGCUCUGAGCUGCAGGAGAAGGAGACUCAGCUGAGGGACGCAGAGGCCCAGAGACACUCGGAGCUGCAGGAGAGAGACAGGAGCCUCGCACAGAUACGCCAGUCCCUACAGGAGAAGGACCGACUGCUGCAGGAGUACAGUGAGCUCCUGGAGCCCCCGGCAGAGUCCACCCGCCCCAGAGACGUCCUGCUGGACAAACUCAGGAGCCGCAUCAGAGACCGCGACAGAGCCCUGGAGCGCUCGAUCGACGAGAAGUUCCGCUGCCUGGAGGAGAAGGAGGAGGAGGUGCGGCGGCUGCAGCAGGCCAUGAGGGAGAAGGACCGCGACCUGGAGCGCCUGCGCACCAUCCUGGCCAACAACGAGGACACCAUCACGAGUCUGGACGCGCUGGUGCGGGGUAAGGAGCUGGAGCUGGAGCAGGCGCGGGAGAGCAGCAGGAAGCUGCAGAGCCUGAGACAGGAGAGCGAGGACACACACACACUCUGCCUGAGGGAGAGGGACAACCUCAUCAGCCAGCUGCAGACCACGCUGCACACACACGCCAAAGAGACAGAGGAGCUGAGGGCAGCGCUGCUGGCCAAGGUGUCGGUGAGCCCAGCGGAGGCCGUGGAGGAGCUGAAGGCGCGUCUGCAGCUCAAGGAGCGUCUGCUGCAGGAGCUGCUGUCCGACCGCAGCCAGCAGGCCCAGGAGCACCACACACAGGUCCAGGACCUGCUCAACACCAUCAGCACCAGGGACCAGUACCUCCAGGACUCCGCGGACAGGCUGGGGCAGGUGAUCGGCGAGCAGACGGGGCAGGUGCAGGAGCUGCGUGUGCAGCUGCUGUCCCGGGGCAGCGAGAUGGCCGAGCUGAGCCGCGAGAGGGAGCGCGAGCGGGAGCGUGCCGAGCCGGUGGCCCGGGAGCUGGACCGCGUCCAGAACCUGCUCAAGGAGAAAGAGGCCUUCAUCCAGGAGCUGAUGCAGGGCCAGGAGGAGCCCAUGGAGAACAGCAGUGGCAGGAGCUCAGAGGAGCAGCAGGAGAACCGAGCCCUCAGAGAGGAGCUGCAGCUGGCCCUCAAGAAGCUCCGAGAGAACCAGCUGGAGCUGACUACGCUGAGGUCUCUGGCCUCAAAGCACGAUCUCCAAAGAGGAAGUCAGGACCCGGCUGGUGCCAAUCAUCAGAGCUUCCUGGAGCAGCUGGUCUCUGACUACACCAGGCUGAACGAGGCCUUGAAAGCUGAGAAGAAGCUCUAUCAGAACCUGGUGCAGAUGCAGAACACCAAGGACAGCGCCGAGAGGCUUCGGGUGCUGCACACAGAGCUGGACACCGUUCAGGCACUGAGAGGACAGCUCGAGGAGGUCCUGAUGAGGACCCGCGAGACCGCCCUGGUGCUGGAUAAAGCCAAUAAGAUGCAGGCUGAAUUUGGAGAGCUCAGCACAGAGGAGGAGGAGGAGGACAGUGGUGAUGAAGAUCAGGAAGGAGGAAGGGCUUGCAGCAGUGAUGAAUUCACAGACAGCAUAGAGGACGAGGACGUCAAACUGACCGCGCAGAGUCUGGCCGUCACACAGAAUGUUGGGAUGCCUGGAGGACCAGUGAGCAGGGAGCCUUCCCAGGGUGCCGAGGGGGGAGGGUGGAAGGGUGAGGUGCAGCAGUUGGUAGAGCAGAAGAAGACAGUGGAGGAGGAGCUGGGAGAGCUGAAGAGCCAGCUCAAGAGGGCUGGCUACAAAUCUCUGUCCCAGAUGAGGUCUGCGCUGCUGCAGCUCCAGACUGAGAACGAGGCCCUGAGGGAGAGCGGCGGCAGGGGGCCGCACGGAGCCGGACGCGGGCCGGAGGCGGGAGCAGGUGUCGGGGGAUCAGUCAGGUGCAGAAGGUGGGAGCAAAGUGACACGGAGGAGGAGGAGGAGGAGGAGGAAGAGGAGCCGCUGAGCCACAAGGAGCACCACAUGUCAGAUAAAGAGGAGGAGGACAGUGAGGAAGAGUCAGAGGAGGAGGAGGAGGAGGAGAUGGACGCCAUGGGACUGCCGGUGGGGAAGCGCGGGCCUCCCACGGUCAAGCUGCGGGAGGGCCGAGGGAAGAGGAGGUGCACCAGACCGCACUCGCUGGACCUGGGCACCCUGCUGUCCCACCGGCCCAGCCAGGAGCAGGACACACAGGAGGAGGACGGUGGUGGAGGGGAGCGCGGCGGGGGCUUCUGGGAGCACGUGGAGGCCGGUCUGCGGGAGCAGGCGGAGCGACUGCGCUCUGAUCUGGCCCUCAGCCGCCAGGAGAACCGCGAGCUGCAGGAGAGACUCAUGGUGUCCGAGGCCACCGUCCACGCCCAGGCCGACCAGCUCAAGGACUACAGAGAGCUGCUGACGGAGACAUCGGUGCAGCAGGACAGUAAGCUGGUGCAGGUGGACCUGCAGGACCUGGGCUACGAGACGAGUGGACGCAGUGAGAACGAGGCCGAGAGAGAGGACGCCAGCAGCCCAGAGUUUGAUGACCUGGAGAUGUGCACGUCUCUGUCGCGGGGCAGCGAGUACGGCUAUGCGCUGAAGGAGUCGGAGGAGGACGAGGAGGGCUCGCUCAAGCCCCUGGUGCGCGACCUGCGCUCGCAGCUGUCGCGCUGCCACCGCGUGAUCCGCAGCCUGCAGCUGCGCGUGCGCUCGCUCUCCGCCACCUCCGACUACGCCUCCAGCCUGGAGCGCACGCCGCGCAAGGUCAACUGGGCCUUCCAGGCCUCGCCGGCGCACAGCGGCCUGGAGGAGGACGAGGGCUGGCAGUCGGACGGCCCGCCGCGGCCCCGGCCCAGCCGCGAGCUCAAGGAGCUGGUGUCGCGCGUCGCCUCGCUGGAGAACCAGCUCAAGAGCACGCGCAUGGAGGGCGCCCCCGCAGGAGAGGAGGGCAGGUGCGCCACCUGGCCAGGGAAGUACAACACACUGAUCCAGGCGCAGGCUCGUGAGCUGUCCCACCUGCGGCAGCGCAUGCGCGAGGGCCGGGGCGUGUGCCACAUCCUGACGCAGCACCUGGGCGACACCACCAAGGCCUUCGAGGAGCUGCUGCGCGCCAACGACAUCGACUACUACAUGGGCCAGAGCUUCAGAGAGCAGCUGUCCCAGAGCAGCAGCCUGGCCCAGCGCAUCAGCACCAAGAUCAGUGGCCGUGACCGGUCAGAGCUGCCCGAUGACAAGACUGGCCACGAGCUCCUUGCGUUGCGGUUGAGUAAGGAGCUCCAGCAGAAGGAUAAAAUCAUCGAGUCUCUUCACACCAAGCUGCAACAACGCCCAGACACGCCGUCCAGCUGCCACGCCAUGUCCGAGACCACCGACCAGUCGGACAGGACCUCCUUUGUGUCUGACGAGCGCGGCUCCACCAAUGAGGAGCUGGAGCUGGGCUCCGAUGUGGAGGGAGGAAGCGAGUACGCCCUGGAGAGACAGGGGGACAGGAUGUGCCCUCUGAAGAAUGCCACAGAGCGCCCCACCUCCCUGCCCCUGCACAAGAGCCCCAGCACCCCUGUCAUGCCUGUGGACCAGCAGGCUCAGACAGAUUUCUUCCCCAAUCCCCAGUACAGUUCCGCCCCGCCGCCCCACUUCCUGCCCCGGCCCACCGCUCCUCACGGCGUGACCUUUGCCCCCAUGUACAGAGCGCACUCUGCGGUCGAGCUGCACCAGUACCCACAGGGGCUGUGGCCAGGAACAGGUUUCAUGGUGCCUCAUGCCAAAGCCCUGUCCAGUUACUCUCUGACUGGCCACACGCCCGCGCACCCCCACACGUUCGGCCCGAUGUCCCACCACGCUCUGCACCAGGCCCAUCUUGGCGCCCACAGCGGAGCCUCCACCCUCAAGACCAACGCCAGCCUGGGCGAGGGCAACGCCCUCUGGGAGAUGGACAACACCAUGCAGCCAAUCAGGGGCUUCUCCGGGUCAUCAGGAUACCAAUCAGGAGGAAGCCACACAGGUGUGGACCUGAUUGAGGAGCACCUGAGAGAGAUCCGGAACCUCCGUCAGCGCUUAGAAGAUUCCAUCAGAACCAACGAGCGCCUCAGACAGCAGCUGGAGGACCGACUGACAGGGGGACAAGGAGGAGCCCCCACUAACAUCUACAUCCAGGGGCUGGAGUCGGUCACUCAGCUGUCCAAUGAGAUCCGCGCUCUGAAGGAGGAGAACAUGGGCCUGAAGUCCCGGCUGCAGAGUAGCAGAGACAGCAGCGAGGAGGUGCUUUGUGGGCGUGCGCGGCUGCAGCAGGCGGAGCUGGAGGCGGACCAGUGGAAGGAGGAGCUGCGGCGGAUGCAGAGCCACAGCUGUGAGCAGAGCCAGCAGCUCCAGCAGCUGCGCCAGGAGCGCCAGGGCAGCCAGGAGCUCACCAACAGGCUGCAGCAUGAAGUCAGCCUACUCCAGCAACAGUUAGCUGAGAGUCGUCAGCUGCUUCACUCUCUACAGUGUGAGCUUCAGGUCUAUGACCGGGUCUGUGCCAACACCAAGAGUGUGUCCUCAGGCUACCUGGGCGAGAUGAAGUGCCCCGGGUCGGGCGUGCCGGCGGUGGAGCUGGCGGAGCUGCUGGUGGAGGUGCGCGGUCUGCGGGCGCAGCUGGAGCACAGCGUGCAGGAGAACAGCGCCCUCCGCUGCCAGCUGCAGAAACAGCUGGAGCAGCAGCUGGCCGGCCGCGUGGCCCACUGCGAGCCCAGGGCCUCCUCGCUGAUCCCCGCCAGCCCGCUCCGAGAGAGCAUGUACCGCCGCCAACUGCUGCACGACCCGGCUCCAUCUCCCCCGGUCAGGGACACGGGACUCUUCCCCGCGGGCGCCUCCUUCACCCCCUACACGGAGCUGGAGGAAGUGCCCAUCACCACCAGCGACUCCCUGGAGCCCCAUGGUGAUCUUGAGGGCGAGGCCCCUGACGGCUCCUUCGCCAACCGGAACGGGCGCCACGCCAUCGGGCACGUGGACGACUACGGCGCGCUGCAGCAGCAGGUGCUGGAGGGCAAGGGGCUGGUGCAGCGGAUGGAGGCGGCGCUGCAGGCCUGCCUCAACAUGGCCCUGCUGGAGGCCAGCACCGGCAAGGCCCUGGACUAUGGGAGUGUGAAGAGUCUCCUCUCUGAUACGAAGACCCUGCGCCAGAUCCUGGAGGAGGCCAACUCUCUGCUCAAGAUGUUCUGGAGGGCUGCCCUUCCCAACAACGAGGGCAGCGGCAUGCAGCUGCAGAAGGAGCAGACGCUGAAGGAGGAGAUCCACUCCCUGCGGCUGCGCAUCUCUGAGCAGGAGGACGUCCUGCAGGGCACCAUCCAGAGGCUGAGGAGCACCAGCCGCACCAAGGAGAGCAUGGAGCACUUCAUAGUCAGCCAGCUGUCAAGGACACGUGACGUGCUCAAAAAAGCCAGAAGUAACUUAGAGAAGAACGAGCUCAGGAUUUCCUCCCUAAGCUACUCCUCUUCCUCCCUUUGCCAUGCUAAAGUCCCCAAAGGUGCCUGUGAGGGGCGUCCUGAUCGAGGUGUCCUGAGUCCCAGUGCCUCGGAUGUUCCAGCCAGUCAGCGUUCAGCCAAGAAGCGUGGGAGAGAGUGCCUACUCCAAGCUGUUUCCUGUUAAAACCAGCCAGCAAGACCACCACACCUAUGGCUCCCAGCCUUAAGCCUGUCUUAUCCUGCCCUCUCUGUUCCCCUCUUCUUCUUCUCCUCCUCUUAGUUCCUUCUCUUUAGUAUUCUCCCUUCUACUAUUACUGUUUGUCUCCUCCAUCUAUUCUCCUUCUUAGCAACAGAGACUCUUGAAAUCUCUUCUGAUUGCCUUUGCAAAACUAGGGAUGUAGGGAUUUGGGUGUUCUCGUAAGGGAUAGUGUGCGUCCUAGCAGCCAUAGAAUGUCUUUUCUUACCUGGCAGCUUAUGGACGGUUCAAUGUAGAUGCAUGUUACUCCACUGUUUGUGAAACUGACUAGUGUACACACACUAAACGCCGAAUAUGCAUUUGGUACGCAGUCUGCACACACACAAGUUCUCCUCAAGUCAUGAAACUCUGCAGCCAUGACACAUACACACACACACACACACAGAUGUGGUACCUUGAAACUUCUGAAGACAGCUUUGCUACUACCCAUUACUGCCCUCGAAUCCCUCUGGAGAUUCCUCAGGGGUUUUAAGGCAUCGCGUUUUACCGCCACUUAAGCGACACCUCUCAAGCGGUCCGAAGACCACUGACAAGGGCAUCUCAAGGUCAGGAGGCCUCUCCUCGCCCCUGCGAUGAGCAUGUGCAAUAAGGACUGAAGUUCACUGGAUGCAGUAGUACCAGCUUUUUCCCUUUUGCCUGACACUGGAGCUGAGGCGUGUGUUUUAUGUAAGCACUAAGAGACCGUCAGUGCAAAAUUAUUAUUAAUUACUAUUAACUGUCGCAGUGCUACUGACUGAAUUGUAGUUCGUAAGCAGUUCUGCAUGUGGGAGAGGUAGGAAAAAAAAGGAAAAUGACACCGUGUUUGUGUAAUGGUAAUCGCCAACCUUUGCCAAAGUUUUAACUCCUAAUUUCCUUUAUUUUUGCCUUAUCCAUGAGAAUCACAACGUCAUUUUUGUGACCGAUAGAGAAGUUGGCUGUAAUUGACCCUGUGCCAACUUGGGACAGCUAAUAAGGAAUUGAAUCUGUCUUAUUCUUGGAGAGCAUUUUGAACCAGAGAGGCAGUAGCUGUUCAAGGUCUUUGAUUAUUUUUGCAUGUCCUUUUUGGCAAGCCACGCUCCUUACUUCGUCAAUGGACCAAAUCCAAAUUAAGUUAAAUAAUGAUUUGAUGAGAUUUCAAAUUAGAUCAACAACGAUCUUGUUGAAUGCACCUGUGAACCAACAGGAAUGCAUUUUCAAUCUGAAUCACUGGAUUUAAAUAUGAAUUAGCUACUUUGUUUCAUUUGGUUCAGAUUGCCAUAACAUUCCCAUUGCAUCGACCAUUGCAAUAGAUGUUAUAUUUUCUCCAUGGUUACAAACUUUGGCAGGCCACUGGUGGGACCAUAACGUUACUGAUGUCAUCAUCAGAGAUACUGUAGGUGUUCCUUUUGAGCUGCUUUUACAACUGUCUCGCUGUACAUUUCGCUUACUUGUGUUGUACAUAGCUUUUUGUUCUUGCUUUGUUCUGUUGUGUGACUUAUCGACAUUUGCUGUACAUGCAAAAUCAAUUAUCUGGGUAGCUGUGCAAUAGCCCAUAGUUUAUCCUAAAUAACUGAUGUCAACGCAUCAUUUUAUUAGGAGAAAUAGCUUUGAGUGCCCUGUUUCCAAUCAUGUAAGUAUUGAUUGUGUUUUGGCUGAAAUUGUUUUUGAUUUGGCUGCAUACUCCUUUUAACUAAACCUUUGAUGUAGAGAUGCCUUUAUCCUGAAUGUUCCAGGAGACCAUGUGGCAGCACUAGUAUUAACUUAGGGCAGAAUCACUUUGUUUGCCUUCUAAGGUUAGACAGUAUUACUCCAAUUUUGCUCCCUGUAGACUAAACUUUUUCCAGGCCUUGUUUGCGCUCCGUGGUGUGCAGGCCUACUGUAAUUGUGUUGACAAAUCUUCUACUCCAACAAUUUGGUGUUAAAAACAAGUGGUUCCUUAGCGUGAAUUGAAAUGGAGACAAAAGGUACCAAAGUUGUGUAAAUAUUUAAAGGUGGAAAAUGAGCGUAAACAAUGCCUCUCUCAGAACUGAAGAGUCCUGUGGCAUCGAUGUUAACGUGGUGGUUCUGACAACUGUAUUAUGUGUAAAUAGUGUUUUAAGAGUGCUUCAUUGCUAAGGCUAAGGAUAUGCUAGUGUGUUGAUGAAUAAAGAAUGCCGGUACUGGUCCAGUGGUGGGCUGUGUAUCUGAAGCUGACCGUUACUACGUGUGCUGCACUGAUGAAGAUCUGGAGAUUAAUAAACACAAAUGCAACAUG